GCGGUAACUGUGGUGCUGCUGUUGGCUUGUCAACAUGGCCACGGCAGGAGCAGCUGGAGACGACCUGAGGAAAGAGCUAACAUGUGCAAUUUGUUUGGACUUCUUCAAAGACCCUGUCAUACUGAAGUGCGGUCAUAAUUUCUGUCGGUUUUGCAUUUGUAUGCACUGGGAUGAAAAUGGCGGAGACUACGGAUAUCAGUGCCCUCAAUGCCGAACGGUUUUCAACAAGAGGAGUUUCACUAAAAACUACCUGGUGCAGAACCUGGUCGCCAAACUGGACGAUCUUGAGUGUCUGGGGUCUUGUCCAGCACCCUCUAAACCCAUUAAAGUUGAUGGGAAGUGUGAACAACAUGGAGAAGAGCUUAAACUGUACUGCCAGACUGAUAAGAGGCCUAUUUGUGUAGUCUGCAGGGAAUCCAGAGCACACAGACACCAUGAGGUGGCACCAGUACCAGAAGUUGUGAAUGACAUGAAGAUGGAGUUGAAACUGAGGCUUAUGGAGCUCAACUGGCAGAAGUCUCAAUGUGUAAAAGUUAUAACGGCUGACGAGCGCACCAAAAGUGAAGUGAGGAUGAAGAAACAGAGACUCAAGGAGAAAAUUGAAGCAGAUGUUGGGGCUUUAGUCCAGUUCCUGCUAGAUGAAAGAGACUCCCUGCUUGACAGCCUGGAUGCUGAGGAAGUGGCUACCAUGGCUGUCAUAGACGACAACUUGAAGAUUGUGGAGACUGAGGUGGCAGUUGUGGACAAGGCCAUAACUGAUAUCCACAGCCACAUCAGUGGGAAAACUAGCUUUGAGAGCCUUGCUGAUACAUUCAACGAAGUCAUCCAUUGCAAGCCUUUCACAUCUCUGGAGACUGUUAAUUGUCAGACAGAAUUUACAGACUUCUCAGGGCCCUUCCAGCUCAUCAUGUGGAAGAAAAUGAUGCAUGUGCUGCAUACCAUGCCUCAGAACCUCACCUUAGACCCAGACACUGCUCACCUAAACCUGCUAAUCUCAGAUUUUGACACCAAAGUGGAGGAGGGUCGUUGUCGUAACCAGGAGCCAGACCUGCCGGCCCGCUUCACCCGCUUCUGUGGUGUCCUCGCUACAGCCCAGUACGCCAGUGGCCAGCACUACUGGGAGGUGGACGUUAAAGACAAAGGUGUGUGGUACUUGGGAGUCACCACCGAGUGCAGCAACAGGAAGGGCUUCGUCAGCCUCACUCCUUCUGCAGGAUACUGGAGCCUGUGUCUGCAGGACCGGCUGUAUGCCAACGGGGAGGAUGGGCGCAUCCCUGUCGCAGACUACUGGAACUCUCCUCGGGUUGGUGUUUACCUGGACUAUGACAAUGGUCGUCUUAGUUUCUAUGACGCCGUCACAAUGAAGAGACUCUACAUGUUUGACACCUGCUUUGAAGAGCCUGUCUACCCUUUCUUCAGCCCGGGGAAGAACGAUCCCGGCAGCAGGCUGCAGAUAUGCCACUAUUACUGAGAGAUGUGAGAAGUGUUUUAAAUAAUUCGAUUAUCGAAGAGUAAACUGCCUGUGUCCAGAUUUGCCAUUAGCAAAUUUUACCACUAAGACCAGGCAGGAGUGACAGGGGGAUACUGACCCUUGGAGCCAUGUACUGUACGCAUUUAAGCUGUUACUUGUUGGUCUUGUUAGUAAAUAAGAAUUACCAGGUGUCAUGCCAUACUGCGAUGGUAAUGAAGAGCUUAAUCUCUCUUACCUUUUUCUUGAGUUUAAGAUUGAGAAUUUGGUAUUUUUCAACAUAGACACAGACUGUAUGCGUAUUCCCGUGAUGACUAUGGCUGGGGUUUGGAGAGGUGCUUUGUUGUUUUAUAUCACGGUUUCUGCCGGGAUGCAGAUGCCUCAGAUGCUCUCGUUGGUUAGAGCUCAUAUCCUAUUAGCAACCACAGUGCCACAAGUACUGUACAUUAACUCCUAUUGGUUAAGUUCUGCCAGGCAGAGCCUGUGCUGUUGCCUUGCUGGGCAGAACCUGAAGGUUAUAUGCCAGUUAUCAUAUUGAUAGAAAUUCUUGAUUGUCGGUAACUAAAAAUUAAGAUUCCCUUUUUAUAAAUUACAAACUGAAAACUGCUCGUCAAUCAGAUUUAAACAGCUCGUCCUGUGAUUUCAGCUCUGUUAUUAGACUUACAGUAACUAAAGGCUGGGUUUUUUUGGUUUGUGGACACUAAUGUUACUGAUUCUUUUUCGUUCUGUACAUAGAAACUUUUUGGACUGUUGCAGAUUCCCCUGUAUAUUGCACAUUUCGCUGCUUAUUCUCUUUAACAGUUACACAAAGGCCCAUACUUGCCGUUUUUGCUUUGCUGGGGGAGUUUUUAAAAGUCUGAAGCACUUUUAUAAGCCUCCCUGAAAAUAAGCAGGUUUGAGGAAAAGGCAAAUGAUUUUAAGAAAUUGUUACAGCAGCUAUUCAGCCAUGUCCCUAGAUAUGUCGUCUCACAAUGGGGCGACGCUAUAGCCGUGAUUUACUUUUCAGACAUUCCAUCAACAUCGAUCAGGGUUCACAGCUCAGAGCGCGGUGGCCUUUAGUGUGAAGCUACAGGAUGAUGAAUGGAUGUUUUAUUACAGGUUACAUUUCAUUGUUUCCCUUUUACAAAGUACUCACAGUAUUACUUUUUAUUAUAUUUUAAAUAGUCCUGCUUUAUUAUUAAUUGCUGUCUAUUAACAUUUAUUGACAUUUUAAUGUCUGAAUUGAUUUUUUUUCUCCAUGAAUUUCAAUAUAAUAUUUUGAACGUAAAACUAAACUGUACAUUUUUGCCUUCAUCUUAAAUGAUUAUCUUUAUAGAUUUUUUUUUUUUUUUUUUUUUGCUUUUGUAGUCUGUCAAAGUGCAGUUACGGACCUGCAGGAGGGAGGUUCUCUUACACGGUUGUACAGUGACACUGUUUUUUUCUGAUCUUAUUUAGGAGCAUAGCAGAAACAUUUUUACAGCAUGAUUGGUGAUAUUAGAAAAUGUUGCCAGUUAGGAUUAAGACGCUCCUCAUUUGGUUUUCUAUCCAUGUUCAGACAUCUAAGGUGUUCAUGUGUUAGGACUACAGAACUCUGUGCUCUUAAACUUUGAGUGUUUGCUGAUGUUUUGUCCAAGAUGGUGUACCUCAUCUAAUGCUUUAUCAGUUUUUUGACUGUCUAAAUUAGCGUGACAUAAAAAAUAACAAUUUGGUA